AUGCCUGUCUUCAGCCAACUACGAGAAAGCGGCUUGUUCAUCAAUAAGAGACCUCCUCUCUGUCCUCCGCUCCGUCAUCCGCGGCCGUCCAGCCAGUUCACCAAGUUCCCAGAUCACAGAUCGGAAAGAGACCAGCCCCCCGAGCCCCCCAAGCCCCCUACCACAAAUCUUGUCGGGAAAUUGAAGCUCCUCGUGCAUUAUAAGAGCAGUGCAUCACGCCCAAAGACUGAGCCUGUAGCUCGCAUUUGCAAAAUGCCGUUGAAGAUUGUGAUGGGCAUCGUGGCCAACUUAUCUACAAAGGACCAGGUCUCAUUCAGAAACACAUGCACCAUCUUUCGGAAAAUGUCGACGAUGGGAUACAGUCCUCUAUUCUACCGCAUGUCUACCCACAUGGUGAGGACACAUGUCCUGUCUUUGAUACUCCGCGACUUUUGGAUAUGCGAUCUUUGUUUCCGUCUCCAUCGUGUCGAUAGGAGAGAUACGCCCGGCGCCCCGAAGAGGCCAAUCUGUGCCCAACCCCAUGUGGAUGCCAGCAGGGAGUCCGAAGUCUCGGAUGCAUUCCCCUGGAUCUUCUCCUACAGGCAUCUCCAUUUCUACCUUAAGGCGGCGCGAAGCAACGAGCAUUCAGAGUACAGGGACCGUCUCCUGCAACGCCGCCAAAUUACUCGGGCUGUCAAGAAUUCUCGAAUGGAGUGUAACGUCGAGGCCACAUUCCAUCCUUUGGGCUUCGAUCGAAGGGUGGUGCUGCAUAGAUCCUUGCUCUACCGUCCAGCCAAGCAGACGGAGCCCGCGCCAUAUUGGGGCAUGCAAAUCUGCCCGCACCAGCGAUACAGCGAAAGCGAGUUUGAGGCGUUUGAGAAGUAG